AUGGAUGGAGGCAUGCAUGUUUCGGCUUCUGGAGUUGGCGGGAACUCACCAACCUCUCUUCCUGCAAAGGAAACGAAGUCGAAAAGCGUGUUCUCGCAUUUCGGUGUGCCCGCAUAUAUGCAAUCAAUCAAUCAUACCAAUACCAACAAAGAACAAAACAAACGAACAGACACAAAACUUCAUAUAAAUACGUCUUCCCCUUGGAUGCACGGAUCAACGGGAUAUCUCUUCUCCACUCUUGUGGUCAUGCGCGCAUGGGUACUCUUUCUGCUGCGGGGUUUGCUCGUUUUGAUUUGCUUUACGGUGGUGAGGUACGCAGGUGUGUUAGGGGGUGGAGUGAAAUAG